CAUAUAUCAUAUGCCACACACAUAGCUCCAAUCACUUGAGCUUCCUUGAGAAUCGGCCCCCAACUCGAACUGACCAUCUAGCUCCUUGCGAGGCGCCCCGAGGCGCAGACCAUCGCAACGAUGGGCGCACAACUAGAUCCUCGUGAGGCCAAAAUGGCGACGGACGUGUUCGCGUGGUUCCUGAAUGUGUCGACUAGCGUGCUCAUCGUCUUCGUGAACAAGGUCCUGAUGGACCCUAAGAUGGGGUACAAGUUCGUGUUUGCUACGACGCUAUGUGCGUUCCACUUUUUGGCUUGCGGUGCGAGCGUGCGCAUCAUGGAAGCGGUCGGCAUCGGGAAGCGCGCAGUGAUGCCCCUAAAAGACUGCCUCCUGUUCGCGGUAAUUGCAAGUGUGUCCAUCGCCAGCCUGAACCUUUCGCUGCUGGUGAACAGCGUGGGCUUCUACCAGAUUUCCAAGCUGCUCAUCAUUCCGUUUGUGUGCCUGGUGGAGUUCGCGUGGUUCAACCGGACCUUCACGGGGCCCAUGGUCGGCUCCAUCCUGGUCGUGGUCGUGGGCGUGGCUGUUGUCACGGUGACCGACGUGUCCAUGAACGGCCUGGGCCUGGUCAUCGCCGCCGUGAGUGUGGUCACCAGCGGCCUGCAGCAGAUCAUGUGCGGCGCCAUCCAGCGGCGGCUGGGCCUCACCAGCAACCAGCUGCUCAGCAACACAGCGCCCGUGCAGGGCCUGAUGCUGCUGGCUGUGGGCCCCUUCGUGGACCAGCUGCUGACGCGGCACUGGAUCGGCUCCUACGACUUCAACGUGCCGGCGCUCAACUGCCUGUUCUGGAGCUGCGCCGUGGCGGUGCUGGUCAACAUCAGCCAGUUCAUGUGCCUGGGCAGGUUCAGCGCAGUCACGUUCCAGGUUCUGGGCCACACCAAGACGGUGCUGGUGCUCAUAUGCGGCUGGCUGUACCUGGGCGACGUCAUCACCAACAGGAAGCUGGCCGGUAUGAUCCUGGCCGUGUUCGGGAUGGCGCUGUACGGCUAUUUCAACUCACUGGCCCCAGCGCCCAAGGCGCCGCCGCAGCCGGUGGCGGGAGCAGACAAGCGCAAUUCCAGCGCAGGCGGCCUCAGCGGUGGCGGGGCGGCCGGCGCCGUUGGCGGCGGGCUCACGGAGCCGCUUCUAGGGGUGCCGGGCGCCGCCGGCGUGGGUAGCAGCAGCGCUGGGGACGCGGUCACGGUGGCUGUGCACAGCCGCUACCACACCGGCGCGGCGCCGGGGGAAGGGCGGUAGCCGCGACGCCGGUACUGAGGCGGCGCGGCGGCGGGUGACGGAGGGACGGGUGGUGGCCCGGUGGGUGGAAUGGCGUGCGGCUGGCUUGAGGCGUGCAGUGGCUGAAGGGCCGCGCGUGUGACGGCGUUGUCUGCAGCGCAUCCGGGCGCCCUCUCCUUAAGGUGUGCGCGUGUGUGUGCGUGCGUGCGUGCGUGUGUGUGUGUGUGUGUGUGUGUGUGUGUGUGUGUGUGUGUGUGUGUGUGUGUGUGUGUGUGUGUGUGUGUGUGUGUGUGUGUGUGUGUGUGUGUGUGUGUCCGUGUGUCCGUGUGUGCGGGUUGCGUUUACUUGCUGAGCGGUUUCGUGCUUUGCAUGGUCGGUGCGAUUCCUCAGAGCAUCUUAGACGAGAGCGGAGAUCAAUGCACUGUCAAUCCUUUCAUACGUCGUAUAUCACUGUUACAGGGGCUGCCUGCAGAGCGUGUGGGUGUGUGGUAUGUGUGAUACAAGGGCUCGCAGUCUGUACAAUGCCGGGCUUGUGGGUCCCGCCACGGCUGAUGUGAUGCAAUGGAUGAUGGCUGGGCAUUGUUGGUAGAAGCCUGGAAGGCGGCGGCGGCGGCUUCGAGGCGCGGCGAGGCCAGGCCGUCAUGCAGUGCGGCGGUGCCCUAGGAGUGCCGCCAUACUGCUGGUGUCUGGGAACUUGUCGUGGUGCAGCAGUGGUCUCCUGGUAUGGUGCGGCGGUGCUGCCGGGUGGGGUGCUGGCCACGGAGGCCAGGGAGGCCUGCGCUCAGGGCCUCUUGGGCGGCGGCUAGUGACGAUGGGGCAGGUCUGGGCAUGAUUGCCGAUGCAUGCAUGAAUGGGUGGUCGUGUCACCCGUGUGUCGCUGGCUGAAGGCGCAGGAUUACACGGACGGUGCGCGGCGGGUGAACUCAAUUUGACGGCGUUUAGUCCAUGCGUGCAAGGGACAGACGCAUUGACUGUACAUCGAACGUUAUGACGAAGCGCUAGAAGCGACAAGUUGGAGAAGACUGGAGCUCUGUGGCUCUGGUGGGCGCUGGAAGGCCACGGCGUCAUCGGCGGCCUGGCCACCGCGUGAACCUGUAUGGUAUGUGCCAGACGAUACCUGAACAGCAUAUAAAUUUGGCCAGGGUUGCAUAGCUUGUCUCCUCUGGGUUCGCGAAGGGGUGGCUGGAUGGCUGCACUUUCGGAUGCCUGCCCGUUUGACUCGAGUCAGUCCGCGCCACGAUUCACGCACCAUGGAAAUGAGAGAAUCGUCAAGUGUUGCUUCAAUUGUGCAUGCCGCGCUCGGGGGAGGCAAUUCGAGCUGUUCGCGAAAAGUCCUCGGACGGCAAUCCACGCAUCGGUGGGUUCGCGUGGAAUUGCUGUUUGCCGACUG